UGAGAAAGACAUCGAAUCGCAUAUUCCAAAGGUAAACCAUUCCAAAAUGGCACACGACCAGCAGAGUAAAGAUCCGUGGGUGCAGUUAGCUCUAAAUGUUGGGCUAACUGCCGUAGCUCAUCCUAUGGGCUAUGUGAAAACACUGAUCCAGAUUGGAUACGAGCCUCUGCCUCCUCGCCCUGGCAGGAAUGUGUUCUUCCGCAAGACACUGCUCUUACCUGGGGUUGCUGCAUACUCUCGUCAUAUCUACAAAGUGGAUGGAUUCCUUGGUCUGUACCGAGGCUUUGUGCCGCGUCUCUGCAGCACAAUCACCGGAUCAGCUGUGGCCACAAAAGUUGCGGAGAAACUCGAUGAGCUCUUCCCAGUCACAGACCAGAAGGACCUUGAAGCUCAGAAGGGCAAAGCUAAGGGAACUGCUCAAGUAUCAAAUGCAACAUUUGUGCUAGAGACCUGUAAAAUGACUGUCUCUCACAGCUGUGCAGUGAUUGUCACCCAUCCCUUCCAUGUCAUCGCUGUUAGGUCAAUGGUGCAGUUUAUAGGACGGGAAUCCAAGUACAGCGGUUGGCUACAGCCAUAUGGAGAAGUAUAUUCCGACAGCGGGAUCAAGGGCUUCUUUGUAGGUCUGGUUCCUAGACUCCUUCAAGACGUAAUGACCCUAUGGCUAGCUCGGACUCUCUUUCAAAUAUUCAAUAACCUUCUUCUGAGCGACAAGAUGGUGAACAUCAAUGAACUGAGAAGCUACGCAUACGCCAUCACUGGAUUUCUGGCUGGAAUAGUGACAUAUCCUCUAGGUCUUGUCAGCAACAUGAUGGCUGUUAAUGACUCUGGGUUGGUUGCUGGUAGUCCACCGUUUAUGCCCAAAUAUUCCCGCUGGACAGACUGUUGGCGAGAUCUCAGCCACAAGGGUCUUCUGAAGCGAGGCUCCAGUAUCCUAUUCCGUCGUUAUGAGCCUGGUAAGAUGGUCGUUGAACCCAUCCCAGCUACACCGCUAGACUGAGUGGCUCUCUAAGACGCACCUCCCUGUCAACUCUGUCUACAGAACCAAUAUUGGAAAGGAUUUGGAAGAAAUUUUUAAUAAUUGUUUGUCUGUCAUACCGACAUCUUUAGAUUAUUUUCAAUGACAUUUGAAAGAUGCAAAAGGUAAAUUGCCUUUGGAUCAAUAAUAUAUUUUUAAGCAAUUGAGGUUGCAUUGCAUUUUGCUCUUUGUUUGGAAUUGUAAUAUUAAAACGAAAGUGAGAAUACACUUGCAAAAGAAAAACAUUCACAUUUUUACAUUGAAGGUAACUAAGUUAUUACCUAAGAAUCCAUUCAAGUAGGCAAAACCUGCAAGUACAUCCUUGCUAUCACCAAGCAGUGCAAAAGCGCCUGGACAUUUUGGGAGUAAACACUUUUUUAGACACGCUAUUGUCUAUGACUAAUUUGUUAAGAUAUUGUUUCCGAUUGCAGUAGAUUGACCAAAUAUAUAAACUUCACAAAAAAAUAAUUUCGUUUACAGGCAUUGUUACUGCACCAUCAAUGAAAUAAGUGAUCUAUUUUGUGUUAUUUCAGAUCUUAAUAAAACAAUGCCAAAUUUCAUUUAGAUGCCUAGGAAAAAUAUCGCCUUGUAUUGCUUUACCUGCUGCUAUUGAUUCGCAAAUUCUGGCUUGAAAAUGGGAUGAGUGCUUCAUAUCGGCUUGCCGCUUCGCUUUAAAAUGCAAAAUUAAGCUACUUUGUUUGUGUGAAAGAUAUAUACAUAACUGCCUUUGCCAUAGCGUUUUGAACACAGAUUAGAGUUUCAAUUUAAGAAAAAAAAUCAAAAAGGAAAAACAGUAUGUACAGACGAAAGUCAUUCUCAAAUGUUUUCAUAGUAAACCAUCUACCAAUUUUCUGAGAAAAAUCAUUAAUUGCUGUAGCAAAAUAGACAGAAGUCGAGCUUUAAUCCCAACAAGUCUGUAGUGCAAGUAGAUGUUGCCAAUCCAUUUAUUCCUAACACACUCCCAAUUAAUCAUGCAAGACACAAGCCACCUGCUUAUCAGUCCAGUACUUAUUACUACUUCGGGAGUUUCGUGACUAAGAAUAAAUAUUUGAUCAUUUUAUACCUUCACGCUCCCACAUGCACAUAGACAAAGGGAUACUUGCAUUGGUACAAUUAUAAGGCUCUUGCAGUGAGCAGGGAACUGCUGCAUUUAUACAAACUAAAUACAGUUUCACUGAACAGAAAAUCAGAGAUUGUCAUAAAUUAAUGUCAUUACCUUUAUUAAUCAUCAUUUCUGUUAAAGAUGUCGAAUCUGUUAUUGAAGAAAUCGGAUAUCAAGGAUACUGCUUAAAGCGUGGCUUGUUCCUUAUUUUGUGCCCCGGUAGCCUCAAGACUUCUCUUUGAAGCAUGUCCCAUACAUCAUCACGCGCGCCUUGCCGCCGCUUUCAUUUUCUCGUGAAGAGAAAUGCAGCAUUUGCAGUAUCCACCCCUCCGGUUUUACCUCAAUGCCAGUGGCUUUAAUCACUGGCUGCCAUGUAAUGAAUAUCCGUGUGGUGCUCUGAAGAGUCGUCUUGCAAGAUAAUGGUGCAGGAAAGGAGUCCGAUUCGUCACUGGAUCAGGGGACAGUUAUACUAGACAGUUGGGACUUAAAUUAGCAGAUUGGGUUUUUAGUUUUCUGUGGUGACCUGCUAUUCUCUUAUUUUUUAGAGUUGAUGCUUUGAGCAUCAUAGUAUCUUUAGAAGCUUUUGUUGUAAACACUUCAAUCUUUAAAUCAUCAUUAUUGUGAAUCUGUGAAUAUUUGUACUAGUGCUUUUGUUAAGUUGAAUUAAAAUUCCAUUCUAUAGUUUUGCUAUUUCCGAAAAAAGGUAAGAAUAAAUUUUCAAUUAUAAAACUA